CGAGUCGACACACGAGCGCAGCAGUCUUGAACCUCUUCAGCCAAACACGCAGUGGACUGAGCAGGCUGCUGCACGUGCCGGACUUCAUCUGACAAAGAUUUUUAUUUCUUUAUUUAACAAAAAUGUCUCUUAAUUCGAGUAUUUUACCCGACGAGGCGGUGUUUGCUGACUUCAAAAAGCAGUGUUUGUCUACGGACAACUGGCUGAACAAGUAUGACAAUCACAACAUGCAGGUGUGGGUCGAAGUUCCCGCAAAGAAGGCAAAUAACGCUCCUAAAAUCCACAAGAUCAAGUGUAAAAUGACGAUCAAAGACGUGUCGGCCGCCACCAUGUACGACGUCCUUCAUGACGGCCAGUACCGGAAGGAGUGGGACCCCGCCAUGUACGAGAGCUUUGACAUUGCCCGGCUCUCUGCCAAUGCUGAUGUGGGCUACUACUCAUGGAUUUGUCCAAAGCCGAUCAAGAACAGAGAUGUGGUGACUCUGCGUUCGUGGCAGGUGAUGGAUGAUGAGUACAUUAUCGUUAACUUCUCGGUCAAACACCCGAAAUACCCUCCUCGCAGCAGCCUUGUGAGGGCCGUUUCCAUCCUCACUGGCUAUUAUAUCAAGUCCACGGGACCGAAUAGCUGUAUAUUCAUAUACCUUUCACAAGCUGACCCCAAAGGUUCUCUACCGAAGGUUGUGGUAAACAAAGCCUCGCAAGUUCUCGCUCCAAGGGUGAUGAAGAGCGUGCACAAGGCGGGACAGAACUACUCAGGGUGGAAACAGCAGAACUCUCCCGAUCACAAGCCCUGGUUGUACCCAGAGCAGAGCACCCUGCCCACGAUGGACCCCGCCGAGCUGUCCAUACAGAGAGCGGACUCGCUGGAAAACGUGGACGAGAGCUCCAAGGACGAUGUUCAGGACAGCGAGGACAGCAGUUAAAUCGCACCGAAGUGGCGGGAGGAAGGCCGGCCACGGGGGAGAGAUUUAGGGGGAUGGACCACAUGUAUUUGCCAAUUCAAUAAGACUUGAGACCUCCAACUCUGUGAUUUCUCCAGUUCUUCCACGUCGGUGUGCCUUACGGGAUGAGCAAGAGCAUGAAGUGUUUACAGCUGUCUAACAGACAGAACCGAGCACCGAUCAAGUUGCCGUUCGCCUCGCGUUGAACUAAGCUAAACAUUUCUCCAGUGUUUUCUUUUUAAUAAUGUGCAGCCUUACAGGUGUUGGGGUUUGAAUGUGUCACAGUUACAGCACUCCACUUACAGCGGCUCCUCUGACGGCUCAGCUCAGCCUUUUUUCUUUGCUGUCCAGUCAAAAUGAUCUGAGCCUGAGCUGGACACACUUAAAACAGUCACGUUUUAUUAAGUCACAUUAAUGCGGCCAGUAACAAUGUUAGAAACGCAGGUUUCAUGUUAAUAGAUGAACAUGGUGACAGGUUUGUGCAGCAGCUCUGGGUGUUGACCUUGAGAAAUGCAUUUAUUUCUAGCUUCAUGCAAAAAAAAAAAAAAAAUCACAACACUAUCACUACAUUUGCUGCUGAUGCUGUUUUUUUAAAUGUGUUACUGCUUUUUAUUGUUAACCAUUAGUCAAUUUUAUUUAGUCGUGAUUAGUGAGCAACUGCAGUGUUUGUCUUUAAUUUGUGAUACAUGAAGACUGUUCGAAGGUUCAUUGUAUUUAUUUAUUUACUGCAAUCAGAGUUUAUGAGAUCUAAUCCUCGUUUCAAGUUAUACAGACCCGAGACUUGCAUUGGCACUCGAGGAGGGGAUCGGUUGAUGUCUGAGAAUGAAAAUCUGGUUGGGUUGAAUUAACAUGUAAAAUGUACAAAGCAAGUUUGCAUUUUGUCAGUUGAAGGAUUGGAAUGACCAUAAAGCAUAUCUCUUAUUUUAUUUAUUUAUUUGAAGUUGCUUUAAGCACAGAUGAAGUCAUGAUGGAGACCCUGGAAAGAAGUCUUGCAGGCCUUGCUAGGUUUUUCUUCUGAAGGUAUCCGAUAUUAGGAAUAUUACAGGGUCUUGACUGUUUUUGUUUUGUUUUUAAAUAAACCUCACAUGGUUGACUUGC